AUGUUUCAUCUCUCUGAGACUCUGACGGAGCUCUCUGAGUCACAGUCUCAUCCCUAUCAGGAUGAAGCAGAGCUCAGAGGUUACUGCAGCGAUCGCCGCAACACCAUCAACAACAACAACGAGGUUGUGGAGACGGAUGCCCCCAGGACGGAGAGCAGAUCUUCAAACCGUUAUCCUCUGUCAGUGGAGAGCUAUGACAGUGAGGAAUGGACUGGUGAUGAAGAUGAGCUGCUGACUCCUCCCCAUAACACCUCUGACCCUGCGGCUUCACUGGGUCACUCCAGGACGCUGUCCAUGCCAGACAUGGGAAACAAAGACCUGAACGUAAACCACCAGCACAGCCACAGUGACAUCAACCCAGACGGCAAACACAUGCAAGCGAGACAUGAAGCACUUCAGAAGCUGGCCACAUUUUUCCACGCACCCAAACCUGUAGAGCCAGCUAAAAGCAGCACUGAAACAGUCACAGGUCCCACUCUGGUGAAGCAGGAAGCAGCUCCUCAACCUAAAGUGGACUUGAACGUGACGCCGGACAUUGACCCAGAUGAUUUGCUCCUUUUACCUCCUCCUGACCUGUACGCUGACCUGGAUGUGGAGUAACCUAACACAGGUGGGCCAAGGAAACCAGCUGACUGUGGAUCUCUUCUUCUUACUGUGACCAUCACACCUGACUGCGACUUCACCUUCUUGACCUUUGACCUUGUUCACCUGCUGGCUGCAGUCCUGGAUCAGUACGCUGAGGAUAAGGGGGUAUCAUCAAGGACUUGUUUUUCUGCAGGUCUCAGAGAGAAACCAGGAGGACAGUUAACCUGGAGACUCUGAGAGACUUUGAUUCUGGAUCAGGUAGACUGCUGAUCUCUGGAGAGGACUUACAGAGCGGGCAGACUCCAGAGCCUCUGAGACCCUGAAGACCUGACCCUCUGAGACCCUGGAGAGCUGUAGAAGAGGAAACGACACAUUGACUGUGGAUGGAGGAGGAUUCUUGGUCCUGAGUGCAGCAGACUGAGACACAGAGAGAGUCCCUGAUCAGUUCUUACCCCUGCCCCCCUAUGAUCACACACAGCUCAUGUUAAAGCCAAUGUGUGUAUGUGUUACCAGGGUCCAGUGUUGGUAGCAGAGGACAGUCUGACAGACCCUUCAGCAGCAGUCCCCCCUCUCUGUAGCCCUUCUGUGGUGGAUCUGUUCUCAGCGGUCUCUUCCUCCUGGUGUCAGUCGCUGUUUGCUGUUUUUGUACGCAUGCAUGUUUUGACUUUAUGUACUCUUUGUUUUUCCUGUUAGAGAUCAUAAUGAAAGGUGACAUCAUUCUGUGUAAAUGUUGAUUAGGUGAAUCAUGAACCUGAGCCCUGGGUUUAUAUGGAUCAGGGUCUAAUGGGAGAGCUCAGGAGGACUCAGGAGGACACGGCUGUAUCGGCUGCAGACUGAACCUCGUGUUUCAGGACCUGAAAAUAAGUCCACUAAAAGUUCCGGUCAGGUUCCUCCUGCUCUCUCUCUGCAGGAUCCUUUCUGUUCUCUUAGAAUAACAACCUGAACCAGACCUGUUAGUGGACUCACUUUGAUCCAUCAGGGAUGAUGUUGCAGACGUUACAGCCUGUUCACCUGCUGCAGGAGGAAGACCUGCUCUCUGUACCUGAGUCAUAAAAUACAAUAAAACAGGGCACAGGUUUCAAACUCUUCCUUUGUUGUAUCUUAAUUUAGUUAUCUUUAUCGAUGCGUCAGAGACUCACAGGAGUCCCCUCUAAGACCAGCUGACCAAUGAGGAGUGAGACCUCUGAGACAAGCUGACCAAUGAGGAGUGAGACCUCAGCUUCAUGACAACUACAAAUAUAACCCUGUGACGUGUGUGUAGGUUUGUGUGUGUGUUUUUGUGUGUGUGUGUGUGUGUGUGUGUGUG